AUGGUAAAGAAAUCGCGAACCAAAGCUGCACUCAUAUCUGGACCUACGCCGAAGCCCGCUCCUCCGCUAACGUUUCCGGACCUUACACCAAAGAUGGAAUUGGAACGCACCGUCCUUGUUGAUGACCAGAUCAUACUUCUAGACGGACUAUUUGAUGCUGAAGAAUGCAAACGUUACGUCAAGUUCAUAGACGAGCUUCCUCUCGAGCUCACUCCGCCUCCGAAGCGAGGCGAGGCCGAGAGAGUGAACCAUCGCAUCUCAGCGUCGUCUCCCUCGUUCGCGGAGAAGCUCUACGCUAUACUCGCACCGCACUUGCCCGAAGAGUUUCCCUAUCCGUCGUCCGCAAGGCGGCCCGCAGGGAAGACCCAUCACUCUCCUCAUUCACUGAACUCGAACAUACGGAUGUACAAGUACACACCCGAGCAGUAUUUUGGGCCGCACUACGAUGACUCCGUUCGGGACGCGGUCACGGCGGCGAAAUCCGAAUGGACCCUGCUGAUCUACUUGACCGGCGAGGAGGACGGCGUCGAAGGUGGAGAGACGCUCUUCUACCACGAAAGCAGGGGUAAGCCUCGUGAAACCAUCACACCCCCGCUGAGACGCGGAAUGGCGUUGUUGCAUCGGCGAGUACAAGUAUAA